AGAGAGAAUAUUAUUCAAAGCAGCGGAAAGAGAAGCUUUGAUUAAAAGUCGAGAAAAGAAAGAGUUCCAUUUGAGAGAGAGAGAGAGAGAGAGAGGGAGAGGGGAAAAGCAAAGGCAUUUCGGUUGGAUCAUCACAGCUUCACGCGCACCAAACAACAGCAAACGGCACUUUCCUCUUCUUCUUCUUCAUCGUCUUCGGAGGCAUUGGCUUAGGGUUUCCGAUCGCUGCUCUCUGCAGUUUACUUGGAGAAAGUGAACGGCCUGGGGUGAGGGUUUCUAGUAGUUGAGGUUCCAGUUAGAAAAAUGGAGUGGGCAAGGCGAUGGUUUAGUAAGUUUCGGUCUAAAGAUAAAUACAAGUCCUCGAACAAGGAAAAUUCUACAAAUGUAAAAGAAGGGUCAAAAGCACCAACAAAUGAAGAAGCGCCUUCAAAUGCUACUAAGCAGAAGGUUGCCGCAGCUAAGCAGUACAUAGAAAAACAUUACAAAGAGCAGAUGAAGAGCUUACAAGAGAGGAAGGAAAGGCGUAAUAUGCUGGAAAAGAAAUUGGCAGAUGCUGAGGUCUCUGAGGAAGAGCAGAACAACAUAUUAAAGUAUUUGGAAAAGAAGGAAACAGAGUACAUGCGCCUUCAGAGGCAUAAAAUGGGUGCUGAUGAUUUUGAACCAUUGACAAUGAUAGGAAAGGGUGCAUUUGGGGAGGUUAGAAUAUGUAGAGAAAAGAAAACAGGUCAUGUAUAUGCUAUGAAAAAGCUUAAAAAAUCAGAAAUGCUUCGCAGGGGACAGGUUGAGCAUGUCAAAGCGGAAAGAAAUCUACUUGCAGAGGUUGAUAGCAAUUGCAUUGUCAAACUUUACUGUUCCUUCCAAGAUGAAGAGUUUCUGUAUCUUAUAAUGGAGUACCUCCCCGGUGGAGAUAUGAUGACUUUGUUGAUGCGGAAGGACACUUUGACAGAAGAUGAGGCCAGGUUUUAUGUUGGGGAAACAGUCCUGGCCAUUGAAUCUAUCCAUAAACAUAACUACAUUCACAGAGAUAUCAAGCCUGACAACUUGCUGCUUGAUAGAUAUGGCCACAUGAAAUUAUCAGAUUUUGGACUCUGUAAACCAUUGGACUGCAGUAAUCUUCAUGAAAAGGAUUUUUCUGUGGGAAAUAACCUUAGUGGUGCUCUUCAGAGUGAUGGACGUCCAGCUGCACCAAAACGCACCCAACAGGAACAACUCCAACAUUGGCAACGGAAUAGAAGGAUGCUUGCUUAUUCUACUGUUGGUACACCCGAUUAUAUUGCUCCAGAAGUUUUGCUGAAGAAAGGAUAUGGAAUGGAAUGUGAUUGGUGGUCUCUUGGUGCUAUCAUGUAUGAAAUGCUUGUGGGAUAUCCACCCUUUUAUUCUGAUGAUCCCAUGUCCACUUGUCGGAAGAUAGUAAACUGGAGAACUCAUUUAAAGUUUCCUGAGGAAGCAAAGCUAUCUCCAGAAGCAAAGGAUCUUAUCAGCAAAUUGUUAUGUAAUGUUGAUCAAAGACUUGGAACAAAAGGCGCAGAUGAAAUAAAGGCUCACCCAUGGUUCAAAGGCAUUGAAUGGGACAAAUUAUAUCAGAUGAAGGCUGCAUUUAUUCCUGAGGUCAAUGAUGAGUUGGACACUCAGAACUUUGAGAAGUUUGAAGAGGUUGAAAACCAAAUUUCAACUGCAACAAGAUCUGGCCCGUGGAGGAAGAUGCUCUCGUCCAAGGACAUUAACUUCGUCGGUUACACAUAUAAGAACUUUGAAAUUGUAAAUGACCACGAAGUACCUGGAAUUGCUGAAUUAAAGAAGAAGAGCAACAAAAUUAAGAGGCCGACUGUCAAGUCCCUUUUUGAUAAUGAGUUGGACACCGCUGCGAAUCAACCUGCUCAAGGAAGCUUUCUCAGCCUCUUGCCUCCACAGCUAGAAGUCACAAAAGAAAAUGAAGCAUCAUAAGCCUCACCAGCUAGUUUCUCCAUGUUCAGUCGGAAGGUUUUUUCUUAACUCUGCUUGCGGGUAUACUCAGAAGUGUGGAAGUUUGUGUGUCACAAGAGGCAGUUUUUGCGGGUUUUAAUCUGCCUUUGAUCAACUUCGAUUUGGUCUAUGUAAAUCUUUUUCCAGUGUAAAUUAUCUGUUCAACUACUACUGAUGAUGCCGCCUUUUCUUCUUUUAAAUUUUCCCACUAACCUUUAUCAAGCAUCAGAAAUGUGUAUAAUUACCCUUUCCUCUUCGUCAUUGUUGACCAUGUAAUUACAUUCUUAGAAUUUGAUUAAUGAUAGCAAUGCCAUUUCUUAA